CCUUUGCUUACUAUCAUCUGCUAUGACUUCCAUAGAACUGGCUGACCGGAUCCACCUCGACUCACUGAGGAGCGGAACAAGCCUAACAAACCGUGCGUCUGCUCUUGAAGACGUGCCUGCCGAGCCACAAGCGGAGGCGGUUAGUGCUGUUCCUACCCUCAGCAGGAGGCAGGAAUGGACAUACUUGGCGGUACUCUAUUGGGCAUACUUCGUCUAUGGAUGGAAUGAUGGUUCUACUGGGCCGCUCUUACUCCGGAUCCAGGACAACUACAACGUGACCUCCACGAUCGUCUCUCUGCUCUUCGUCGGAACGUUUAUCGGAUAUGUUUUCUCCGCCGCGCUUACUGUGCCUCUAAUGGACACCUUCGGCUUCGGCAAGAUCUGCUCUCUAACCGCUCUCUGCCAAGUCGCGGCCUACGCGCUGAUGGCGUCCGCUUUGCCCUUCCCCGCCAUGGUUUCUGCCUUUGUACUCAAUGGAUUUGCCGUCGGCCUUCUGGGCGCACAAGCGAACGUGCUGGUCACAAAUCUUCCGAACUCGGAGAAUAAGCAUCAGCUGCUCCAUGCAUCAUAUGGCGUUGGUGCAACAGUCAGCCCAUUAGUAGCGACUCUCUUCUCCCAAACUGUUCACUGGUCUUUCCAAUAUCUGAUCACGGCGUGCUUCGCCCUGCUUGUAUUCGUGCUGGUCACGUUCGUCUUCCGGCUGCGAAGGAUGGAAGACGUACUCGGCAUUCCAGAGGGAGCGAAUGCGGAAGAGCAAGCCAACCGGGCAAACAAGUUCCAGCAGCUUCUGACCUUCAAGGCGGUCCACCUGCUCGCAUUCUUCCUUCUGUUUUAUGAGGGAUUGGAGGCUACCAUCGGGGGAUGGAUCGUCACCUAUCUCACCCAGGUCAGAGGGGCAGGACCGUCGGCAGGCUACAUCUCUAGCGGUUUCUGGAGAGGUUUGACAGUGGGUCGACUCGCCCUCAUGUGGGUAAACAAGAAGAUCGACCCGAGACGAGUUAUCUUCUUCUAUCUCGGGUUGGCGAUCGCGAUGGAAGCCCUUGUUUGCUUCGUCCCAUGGGUGAUCGGCGAUGCGAUAGCGAUCGCAGGAGUUGGACUGGUUCUGGGACCCUUCUUCCCGCUCGUUGUUGGAACCGGAAGCCAACUCUUGCCUCGUUGGCUGCUGGCGGGCAGUAUCGGCUGGAUCGCCUCGGUCGGUCAAGUGGGCUCGGCCCUCUUCCCAUUCUUGACCGGUCUUCUGUCGCAGAAAUUUGGCAUCAAAGUCCUUCAACCGUUAUUAGUCGCCAUGAUGGCUUCCUGUAUCGGACUGUGGGCGCUGGUGCCUGCUAUUCCUCGCAGGACGGAUUGA